AUGGCUCUUGCAGCCUUGGGAUCCCUGAUAGAUGAGCUGAUAACUGCUGUCGUCGAAGUUCCCGAGCAAAAGGAUUCUACCCGCGUCUUGAAUCUCAAGCGCCGUGUGGAGGGAUCUCUACGCCCUAGCGGGCAUGGCCUUACCGAUCAAUUUGCGGUGGCACGCCAGCUUGAAGGUCUCCAGGAGAAGUUCACAGUCGUGAAUCGAGAUGACCUGGCUGAGGCUCUGCGGGGCCGCCUUGCCGAAUUAGAGGGCCAUCGCAGUUCAUAUACCCCAGAGAUCCUGAGCUUGCUCUUGCAACUAUCUGAUCGCCCGGCUGCAUUGUCCAAACUGGAGAAUCUUUCCAAACCAAUACAGGCACCAGCUGUGGAAUCACUGUCAAGCUCUGACUUGAAGGACCUCGGCGGUGCUUUCAGUGAGGAAGACAUAUGGGAACAGGUGGACUUUGCUGCAAACUCAUCGGAUGACGACCUAGCUUCGGUAUCUAGCGAAGAAUCGCUUCCUCGCGCUCUGCCUCGUUCACUCAGUUUCUCAGAACAGGACUACGUCAUACCAGAUGAGAUCUUCGUUCCAGGGGAGGACAGAGAAUUAAUCGCCUCUAUAGAAAAAGUCCAGUUUUGGAAACCAGAAAAUCAUCAGCAACUCACUCGACUGAAAGGAAAUGCAUCCCGAGUAAUUACCGAAUUGCAGUUGGCUAGAGAAACUAUCUUCAUGCUGCAGGGCCUGCCAACCUCUAUUUUUUGGCGUCUGGAUGACGAUAUUGAAGUGGAUCGCAAUUAUACGCUUGCCCAUUCGUCCAGACAAGCUCUAUCCUCACUUCUGCAGUCAUUCACCGAUAUUGGCGCUAAAAUCGAUGCCGUUCGACGGUUCACCCAUACAUCGCAGGCAAUACCUUAUAUGCAGACCUUUAACCGAGGCCUUGAGGAACGCCUGCUCGAGUUUGACAGUCUCCUUUCUCGAAUUGAAUGUCAUUAUCUCUCCCCUGGCUCGACAGUGAGUCUUCUCCAGCUACUGGAUGAUGUCCGCCUGCAUUCUCAUUCUUUAUUGGUCCUGGCCGAUCUUGUUGCCAUAUUGAGCCAUGACCAUGCGCAACCAAUGCGCUGUCUCGACUUGCUCUACGAUUCGGUUUGUAUGCAAGAAGCCCUUAGUGACAAACAUGCAACGAGAAUGCUUAGUGCGCUCUUCUUCUCCUGCUUCAAGACCUAUACUCGAUCCAUUCAACUUUGGAUGGAGACUGGACAAGUUGAUCCCUUGGACACGGCUUUUUUCGUGCGUGUGAACCGCAAAAAUGGAGAUUUACGAACUCUGUGGCAUGACUGGCAUGUGCUUGAUGAGGGUUAUAAAAGACAAAAUAUCCCUCGAUUCCUAGAGCCCGCUCUCAACAGAGUCUUCACUACGGGAAAGAGCGUGGUCUUUUUACAGCAUCUGAACGCGCUUCCAGACCAGCCGGAGGCCUCUGAAACCUCGGAGGCCCUAUUUGACCACAACCAAUCACUAGAACCCUCCCUUAUAUCACCUCCGUUCUCCGCAUUAGUGGAGUCGACAUUCGACAAACUGGUCGAACGCUACUAUUCUAUCAGUGCUGGACUACUAAGAUCGGAACUUGAUGAAAAAUGCAGUCUAUGGAACGCUCUUGAUGCUUUGGAAUACGUAUAUCUGGGAAAGGACCUGAGCAUACUUGGAGCAAUCGACACCAAAAUUUUUGAAUUGAUGGACCGAGGUCGUGCCUGGGAUGACAAGUUCUUGCUCACCGAAGUGACCAGGUCAGCGUUUAGCGUCAUGCCCGAGAUUGAUUUGUCGAGACUAGUUGUGCGGUCUGAAGGAUCUUCACAACAUGAACAGAAUCGAUCCGUCCACACACUCGAGUCAGUAUCAAUAGACUACGUCUUACCGUGGCCCAUGGCAAACAUCAUCACCCAAGACGCAAUUCAGUCAUAUCAGCAAAUCGCCACUUUUCUCAUGCAGAUCCGACGUGCGAAGUAUGCCCUCGUCAGACAACGCAUCCGAGAUGCCCGCAUUCCGACGGGUGAUAGCGCCCACACCCUCGUCCAUGGUCUCCAUCAUCACCUCCUCUGGUUCCUAGACAUCCUUUACUCACACCUUACCUACUUUGUCAUAUCAACUGCAAAUCAAUCAUUGCGCUCCACCCUCUCCGACACCAAGGACGUGGAUGCCAUGAUCGCCACCCAUCAGUCCUAUAUCUCCUCUCUAGAACAUCAGUGUCUUCUCUCAGAGAACCUGUCUCCAAUCCACGAGGUCAUCAUUGAUCUGCUGGACAUGUGCAUCCAUUUCGCAGACUUACAAGCCGUUCACGCAUAUGAGAUUGCCGCUUCGGAAGAUGGGAUGUCCGACUCCCGCUUCAUUCCGAGUACAUCGCGGCGGAAAAGGAUUGACAAUUCGUUUGAUAGCGAUUCAGACGAGGAUGAUGAUGACGGCAUCGACCACGAACAGACUCUGACGAUCUCAUUCAGAGACUCGCCAUAUGAUCUCCAGAUGCAAAACCUUAAGCGUGAAUUUGAUCAUUUGAUCAGUUUUGUUGCGGAUGGUUUGAAAGGAAUUGCUCGUGCGGAGGGGCUGCUGAGCUGGAUUAUUUUGGCAGAGAGGCUGGAGUGGAGGAAGCGUUUAGCUUAA